AUGGCGAACUCGGAGGCCAGGACAGGUAGCGAUGCUGCACAAGCAUCGAGAGGUGAGUACGAAGUAUUCCUGAGUUUCAGAGGACCCGACACUCGUCAUGAAUUCACAGACUUCCUCUACCAUGGCUUGGUAGAUGCCGGAGUCCGUGUAUUCAAGGACGAUACUGAGCUCCGCAAGGGCGAAGUGAUUAGUAAGAAACUUCGUAGUGCUAUCAAAAAGUCCAAACUCUAUAUACCCAUCUUCUCUCGGACUUAUGCUUCCAGUAAAUGGUGUCUCCUUGAGCUUACGCUCAUGGUAAAUAAUGUGUCCAUGUCGAAGGAUGAAAAGACUAUCCUUCCAAUUUUUUUGGAUGUGGAACCUGUUGAUCUUAAACUUUAUACUCCGUUGUAUAAGAAUGCUUUACGGAAGCACGAGCAGCGGUAUCCCAACAAAGUCAAGGUGUGGACAAAUGCACUUGCAAAGGUUGCUGAAAUCAGCGGGUGGAACGUGAAAAAGGAUCAAAGCAAAGCAGAGAUUGUCAAAUUGGUUGUUGGGGAGGUAUCGGAGAGGCUGAAGAUAAAAGAAAUAUUAGUAACGGAACAUUUAAUUGGACUUGAUGAUCGGGUAAAACACUUGACCGAGUUUUUAGAUGUCAACCAUCGUGAUGUGCGGCUUCUUGCAAUUUAUGGAAUGGGUGGCAUGGGUAAAACAACUAUUGCCCGGGUCAUCUUCAAUCUACUACGUUCCCAUUUUGGAAAGUGUUGUAGCUUCCUGGAGAACGUUCGAGAAAGAUCGUCGACCAAGGAGGAUAUAGUCCGGCUGCAGAAGAAAUUACUAUUUGACAUUGUUGGUUCAAGAGCUAUAGACCAAUUCGACGAUUGGGAACGAGGAAAGACAAAUAUUGAAGAAACACUCCACACUAAGAAGGUCCUUCUGGUUCCGGAUGACGUUGCUGACGACCAACAUAUUAAGAAUUUAUUGAGAACUUAUUUAUUCUAUUCAGGAUCUCGUAUAAUCAUUACAACGAGAGACCAAACUAUUCCAGCAGUUGAGGGAUUUAAAGGUAAAAUUCUACGGUAUGAGAUGCAAAAGAUGGAUAAUGGUCCCGCACUUAAGCUUUUUUGUCGGCAUGCAUUUAAUGAAGACCUUCCUCCAGAUGAUUAUCGCGAACGGUCCAAUAAAAUUGUCUCAGGUAUAGGAGGGCUUCCUCUAGCUAUUCAAGUGAUAGGUUCGUUACUUAAAAGGAGAGACGAAGCACUUUGGAAAGAGACCUCAGACAAUUUAAAGAAUGCAUCUGAGGGAGAGAUUCUAAAAAAGCUGAGGAUUAGCUAUGAUGAUCUAGACUCGGUUCAGAAAAUUAUUUUUCUUGAUAUAGCAAGCUGUUUUGUCAAUGAGAAGAAGUCUGAAGCAAUUUACAUGUGGACUGGCUGUCAAUUGAAACCCGUAAAGGGUAUUAAAGUCCUUACAGAGAGGUGCUUGAUAAAGAUAUUGGACAAUGAUGAGUUGUGGAUGCAUGAUCAGCUAAUAGCACUGGGAAGACAAAUUGUCCGUGAUGAUAGUCGAGGUAAUCUUGGAAAGCAAAGUAGGUUGUGGAUUGCAGAAGAGGCUCGCGUAAUCAUAAGAAACACAGCGAGGAAGAACAAAGUUCAAGGGCUUCAGAUUGAUGGACUGGAUGACUCCAUAGAGAUUACCAAUGAAGAGUUUGAAAGAGCAAACAAAUUGGAUUUUGGUCUUCUUGUUGUUUGUAAACUUGACGAUAUGCACUUCAAGGAUGAUUCAAACGCGUGGGACUGGAUCAAGCGGGCACGGAAUUUGAAAGUUCUAUCUAUUACUCGGUGUCCCAACAUAACGAAAAUGCCAGACAUAUAUGAUUGCUUGGCUUUAGAGAGGUUGACUAUUGCAAAUUGCUAUAGGCUAAAGACAGUUGAAAGCUUCAUUGGAUGUCUAAGGUCGUUGAUGGAGUUAAAGAUUGAAAACUGCAAUGGUCUUGCAAAUUUGCCUGAAGAAGUUGGGGCUCUAGUGAAGCUUAAGCACUUCUCGUUGAAAGGGUGUAGAGGGUUGGGAGAACUUCCAAAUUCAAUUGGGAAUUUAACUUCAUUGACAGAGCUAGACUUAUCAAGUACGGGCAUUGCCAAGCUUCCAAAUUCUAUUGGGGGAUUGGUACAUGCACCUCGAGAGUUGGCUUCUCUUUCUCAUCUAGAAGAGCUUACUUUGAAUGGCCUAGACCUAGAAACCCUUCUGCAGCUUCCGUCCUCCCAAUGGAGUUUGAGAAAUUUGUCGACUUUAGAGUUACACGGGUGUGAAGUGGAAGACAUUCAACUCGACAAACUUCCACGACUGAAGAAAUUAACUAUUGACAAUUGUGAACGGCUUCGGAGAUUAUCCAUUUCUUUGGAGUUGAGGAAGCCAAGCCAGGUGAGAGUGGCAUCUUGUCUGGCGCUAGUUGAGAUAAAAGUUGUGGAUCUCACGAAAUCAUUGGAAUCCUUGAGCGUUUUGGGAUGCGAAUCUCUGACAAGAAUAGGUGGGUUAUCACGUUCGAAGAACCUGGAGAACCUGUAUAUCCACUCGUGCAAAGUACUUACUGAUGUUGAGAGCCUAAACGAGCUAGAAUCUCUGAGAUCCUUGGUGGUUGCUAAUUGCAAGUCAUUGAGAAGGUUGAUUGAUGCAUCUUGCACAAAUAUACCUGAUGAUUGCCUCGUCAAUAUCCAAUGGUGUGGAGACUUUAUCAAAGCUUCUUCUCCAGCUGGAAUGCGUAUGAAGGGUUAUAGAGAGGAGAUUCUUCUGGAUACAUCAAAUAAGUUUGACACUGAGUGGGAGGAAGAUUAUGGGGAGGAGAUGAUGGAGAUGUUUAGAGAGGAAUGGACAACGAAGACUAAUGUGUACUCCGAAGAGGACGGGGGUGAGUGGAAAGUUGUAGGUUCUGUUGAGGCCAGGGGAAAUAGGAGGCAAACGAAGGUCGGAUGGACUGGGACCAGAUGUGCUUCCAAACCAGGAAGGGAUCCUGCAGAAAGAGGCAGAGCAAGGAGUAUGACUUCAAGUUCAAGAGACAGCAAAGGUUUGAGGUCGGAUAGGGACACAGCCUCUACUUCAGGGAAGAGCACGGCAUCGAAUUCAGGAAGGGGCAUAGCUUCAAGCUCACGAAGCAGCACGACUUUAAGUUCAGGGAGGGGCAGAGUUUCAACUUCAGGAAUGGGCGCAGCUUCAAAUUCCGGAAGGGGCAUAGCUUCAAGUUCACAGAGCAGCACGAAAACUUUGAGUUCAGGGAGGGGCAGAGUUUCAACUUCAGGAAUGGGCGCAGCUUCAAAUUCCGGAAGGGGCAUAGCUUCAAGUUCACAGAGCAGCACGAAAACUUUGAGUUCAGGGAGGGGCAGAGUUUCGACUUCGGGAAUCGGCACGGCUAAAAUGGGCGCAAGUUUAAGAUCAGGGACAGACAAAGGUUCAAGCUCAGCCAAGGCUGAGCCAAAAAAUCAAAUUCAUGAUAAGAACAACAAGGCAAACAUGAACAAGCAGCGAAGCAAGCAGAAGAUCUAA